AUGGGGGUGAUGUCUCCAACCAAGCUCAGGGUGAAGCUGCUGGGGUCCCAUGGAGGCGGCAAGAAGGAAGAGGCUAGUGGCAAGUCGCCGCGGGCGUCGCCGUCGAGGCUCGUCGUCGACGACGGCGCUGACCACCCCAAGAGCAGCCUUCUGGCCCAAGAACUCGACGAAGAGUACCCCAGGGACCGAUCGGAUUCUUCGCGGUCGCGCUCCGACGCGAGCCACGGCAGGGCGGCGCACAGCGGCGGUGGGAGUGGCUGCGACAGCGGGCACGAGAAUGGCAGCCCUGGCACCGGCGCCGGCGGCAGCAACUUCGAGUUCCACAGGGAGGUGAGGGGGGCGGUGGUGUCCGGGCCGUUCUUCCGUCAGGUGCCGUCCAAGUGGAACGAUGCGGAGAAGUGGAUCGCGGGGCGGCACGUCGUGCACUCCAACCCUAUUUUCUCCAAGAAGCCCGCCGCGCUGCCCCACGCUCCCGCGGGCGGCGGCCGUGUCGCGCCGGAGUCCGCGGCUCCGAAGGGCGGCACCCCUUGCGACAACCCGAGCUCGCGCGGUGGAGGUGCUGCCAGUGCGCUAACCGAGUUGUCGUCGAAGUCCUCAUCGCCGUCGUCGGUGAGCGGGCCGGUGAACAAUCCUCCUCACAAGAGGCUCCGCGCCGCAGCACUGCCGCCGGCGCAGCCGGUGUCGAUGCGGGACGUAGGGACGGAGACGACGCCGAUCGCGAGCCAGGAGCAGUCGCGGAGCAGCACCCCCGCCGGCGCUGCCACGCCGUCGCUGAGCCCGCUCUGCUCCGUGCCGUCCAGCCCGAGGGGCGGCGCCUCGGCCUCGUCGUCCUCCGCGUCGGAGCGGGAGCUGCGGCUCAGGACGCGGCGGGAGAUCGCCGCGCUCGGGCUGCAGCUGGGCAAGAUGAACAUCGCGUCGUGGGCCAGCAAUGAGGGGGGCCUCCUCGCCCGAGCCGCCUCGCCGGCUGAGAGCCCCGGAGCCAUCGAUGACGAGAUCAAAAGGAAGGAGUUGGAAGCGCGCGCCGCGGCGUGGGAGGAGUCCCAUAAGUGUAAACUCGCCUCAAGAUAUCAGAGGAAGGAGGUGAAGAUACAGGAAUGGGAGAGUUGCCAGAAAUCCAAAUUUGAAGCCAAGAUGAGGCAAGCUGAGGCGCAGGCUGAGCAGAUGAGAGCCCGGGCGAAGCACAACCUGGCGAAGAGGUUGUCCGUCCUGAGCCACAGGGUGGAGGUCAAGCAGGCCAGGGUGGAGGCACGGCGGAGCCGGCAGGCGGCCCGGUUGGCGCGGCAGGUGGAGCGAAUCCGCAAGACCGGCCGUGAGCCCUGCCGGUUCCGGCGGUGCUGCAGCUGGUUCCUGUGACCAACUUCAGAGCGCAGGCUAGACUUGCUCUGGUUGCAGCUGAGUGCUGAGUGGAAGCCUGAAGGUCUCAAUGCACCCUCUGGGGCGAGAGUUUCAGAACAUCAUACUAGCAUCAUGGCAUGAGCUUUGUACAUGAAAUUAUUACAAGAUUACCUCUGGCAGUGCUCCUGAUUUCUGAUAAA